AUGGGCUCCACAAACGGCAACAUGCCAGCAAAUGGCCACGCCGACCUCCCUUCACAUUUCAUCGGCGGUAACAGCCUCGAGGUUGCGCCUCCGAGCACUGUGAAGGAUUUUGUCGCGAACAACGAUGGUCACUCCGUCAUCACUUCCGUCCUGAUCGCCAAUAACGGUAUCGCCGCUGUCAAGGAGAUCCGAUCAGUGCGGAAAUGGGCCUACGAAACCUUCGGCAACGAGCGCGCCAUCCAGUUCACUGUGAUGGCCACUCCCGAGGAUCUGCACGCCAAUGCCGACUACAUUCGCAUGGCGGACCAAUACGUGGAAGUCCCCGGUGGAACGAAUAAUAAUAAUUAUGCCAACGUCGAGCUGAUCGUCGAUGUGGCGGAGCGGAUGGACGUCCACGCCGUGUGGGCUGGAUGGGGUCACGCUUCGGAAAACCCACGGUUACCGGAAUCUCUGGCGGCGUCGCCCAAGAAGAUUAUCUUCAUCGGCCCACCAGCCUCCGCCAUGCGCUCGCUGGGAGACAAGAUCUCCUCCACCAUUGUCGCACAGCACGCCGGUGUGCCCUGUAUUCCCUGGUCCGGAACGGGUGUUGACGCAGUCAAGGUCGACAGCAACGGUAUCGUGACGGUGGAAGACGACGUGUACAGCCAGGGCUGCACCUACUCCCCCGAGGAGGGUCUCGAGAAGGCCAAACAGAUCGGCUUCCCCGUUAUGGUCAAGGCCUCCGAAGGUGGUGGUGGCAAGGGUAUUCGCAAGGUCGAAAAUGAGGCAGAAUUCAUCUCCCUGUACAACGCCGCCGCGAACGAGAUUCCCGGAUCGCCCAUCUUCAUCAUGAAGCUGGCUGGUAACGCUCGGCAUCUGGAAGUCCAGCUGCUGGCUGAUCAGUAUGGCAACAACAUCUCUCUUUUCGGCCGUGACUGCUCCGUUCAGCGCCGUCACCAGAAGAUUAUCGAAGAGGCGCCGGUCACCAUCGCCAAACCUAUCACUUUCCAGGCUAUGGAGCGCGCCGCCGUCAGCUUGGGCAGGCUCGUCGGCUAUGUCUCUGCCGGUACUGUCGAGUACUUGUACUCGCACGCCGACGACAAGUUCUACUUCCUCGAGCUGAACCCCCGUCUCCAGGUCGAGCACCCUACCACCGAGAUGGUGUCUGGUGUCAACCUACCCGCUGCCCAGCUCCAGAUUGCCAUGGGCAUUCCCCUGCACCGUAUCCGCGAUAUUCGUCUCCUCUACGGCGUUGACCCCAACACCUCCUCCAACAUUGACUUCGACUUCUCCAGCGAAGAGAGCUUCAAGGUCCAGCGCCGCCCGCAGCCUAAGGGCCACACCACCGCCUGCCGUAUCACCUCUGAAGAUCCCGGCGAGGGCUUCAAGCCGUCUAGCGGCACUAUGCACGAGCUGAACUUCCGCAGUUCGUCCAAUGUUUGGGGUUACUUCUCUGUCGGUACCGCCGGUGGUAUCCAUAGUUUCUCUGACAGUCAAUUCGGUCACAUUUUCGCCUACGGUGAGAAUCGGUCUGCCUCGCGCAAGCACAUGGUUGUCGCCUUGAAAGAGCUGAGCAUUCGUGGUGACUUCCGCACAACCGUCGAGUACCUGAUCAAGCUUCUGGAGACCCCUGCAUUCGAGGAAAACACCAUCACCACCGGAUGGCUGGACCAGCUGAUCUCUAACAAGCUGACAGCCGAGCGACCCGACCCGAUUGUGGCGGUCAUUUGCGGUGCCGUUACCAAGGCACACCUUGCCAGCGAGGCCGGCGUGGAAGAGUACCGUAAAGGUCUUGAGAAGGGCCAGGUUCCCUCGAAGGACGUUCUGAAGACCGUUUUCCCUGUGGAUUUUAUCUAUGAAGGAGCUCGCUACAAGUUCACCGCAACCCGCGCCAGCUUGGACAGCUACCACCUGUUCAUCAACGGUUCCAAGUGUUCGGUCGGUGUCCGUGCUCUGGCUGACGGUGGUCUACUGGUCCUUUUGAACGGCCGCAGCCACAACGUUUACUGGAAGGAAGAGCCCGCGGCUACUCGCCUGAGCGUGGAUGGAAAGACUUGCCUGCUGGAGCAGGAGAAUGAUCCGACCCAGCUCCGCUCUCCCUCGCCUGGUAAGCUGGUCAAGUUCACUGUGGAAAAUGGAGAGCAUGUUCGCGCUGGCCAACCUUACGCGGAGGUCGAAGUCAUGAAGAUGUACAUGCCCCUUAUUGCCCAGGAGGAUGGCAUCGUUCAGCUCAUCAAGCAGCCUGGUGCCACCCUGGAGGCCGGUGACAUUCUCGGUAUUCUUGCUCUGGAUGAUCCUUCGCGUGUCAAGCACGCCCACCCCUUCACUGGUCAGCUUCCAGAUAUCGGCCCGCCUCAGGUGGUCGGUAACAAGCCUCCUCAGCGCUUCUUCCUUCUGCACAGCAUUCUGGAGAACAUUCUUCGUGGAUUUGAUAACCAGGUGAUCAUGGGCAGCACUCUGAAACAGUUAGUGGAGGUGCUCCGCAACCCCGAGCUUCCCUACGGAGAGUGGAACGCCCAGUCUUCGGCACUGCACUCGCGCAUACCCCAGAAGCUGGAUACCCAGCUGCAGAACGUGGUCGACCGUGCCAAGAUUCGCAAAGCCGAGUUUCCCGCCAAGCAGCUCCAGAAGACUAUUGUCCGCUUCAUUGAAGAACAUGUGAACCCUGCCGACGCGGAGAUCCUCAAGGCCACUCUUCUGCCUCUGGUGCAGGUCAUCAACAAGUACCUGGAUGGCCUCAAGACUAACGAAUACAAUGUCUUCAUUGGCUUGCUGGAGCAGUACUACGACGUCGAGAAGCUGUUCUGCACGCGUAACGCCCGCGAUGAGGACGUCAUUCUGAAGCUCCGCGAGGAGAACAAGGACGACAUCACCAGCGUUACCCACACCGUCCUUUCUCACAGCCGCAUCGGAUCGAAGAACAACCUCAUCCUUGCCAUCUUAGACAUGUACCGUCCGAACCAGCCCAACGUUGGCGAUGUUGGCAAGCAUUUCAAGCACAUUCUGCAGAAGCUGACGGAGCUGGACUCGCGCUCCGCCGCUAAAGUCACCCUCAAGGCCCGUGAGGUCCUCAUCCAGUGUGCGCUGCCCUCCUUGGAGGAACGCCUGUCCCAGAUGGAGCACAUUCUGCGGUCGUCGGUCAUCGAGUCCCGCUACGGUGAGACUGGCUGGGACCACCGUGAACCCGAUUUCCAGGUUCUGAAGGAGGUCGUCGACUCCAAGUACACCGUCUUCGACGUUCUUCCACGUUUCUUCGUUCACCAGGAUCCUUGGGUCACUCUCGCUGCCUUGGAGGUCUACGUGCGCCGUGCCUACCGUGCCUACAGCCUGAAGGGUAUUGGCUACAGCGCGUCGGCUGAGCCACCUCUUUUGACCUGGGAUUUCACUCUCAGCAGGGUGGGUCAGCCCGAGUUCGGCCCAGUAUCGUCGACCCAGCCUUCGGCCCCUGGUACACCCACUACCGAAUCAAGCCCCUACAAGCGCAUCGGCUCGUUCAGUGAUAUGUCCAACCUCAAUGACCCAGGCAGUGACCCUGUCCGGAAGGGUGUCAUCAUCCCUGUGCAGUACCUCGAGGAUGCGGAAGAGUAUCUUUCCAAGGCAUUGGAGGCUUUCCCUCGCGCCGGCUCCAAGGCCAAACGCCCCAGUGACCAUGGGCUGCUGGCCAACCUGGAGGGCAAGCGCCGUCCGGCUCCCAAGGUGGAGUCUGACAGCGAACUCACUGGAGUCCUCAACAUCGCCAUCCGUGAUGUCGAGGACCAGGAUGACUCGCAGAUCGUUGCUCAAAUGCAGAAGCUGCUGGCUGACACUAAAGAGGAGCUGCUCGCUCGCCGCAUCCGCCGUGUUACCUUCAUCUGUGGGCGCAACGGUUUCUAUCCUGGCUACUUUACCUUCCGUGGCCCCAACUACGAGGAAGACGAGAGCAUCCGCCACAAUGAGCCUGCAACGGCCUUCCAACUGGAGCUGACCCGCCUGUCCAAGUUCAACAUCAAGCCCGUUUUCACCGAGAACCGCAAUCUUCACGUCUACGAGGCGAUUGGAAAGGGCCCCGAGAAUGACAAGGCCGUUGACAAGCGCUACUUCGUUCGUGCGGUGGUGCGCCCCGGUCGCCUGCGUGAUGAUAUCCCUACUGCAGAGUACCUGAUCUCGGAGGCCGAUCGGUUGAUGAACGACAUUCUGGCUGCAUUGGAGAUUAUCGGCAACAACAACUCCGAUCUAAACCACAUCUUCAUUAACUUCUCGCCUGUGUUCAAUCUGCAGCCCAUCGAUGUUGAGCAAGCGCUGGCUGGAUUCCUUGACCGCUUCGGCCGCCGUCUGUGGCGUCUUCGCAUCACCGGUGCUGAGAUUCGCAUCCUUUGCACUGACCCGUCCACGGGCAUGCCCUACCCGCUGCGUGUGAUCAUCACCAACACCUAUGGAUUCAUCAUUCAGGUUGAGAUGUACAUCGAACGCAAGUCCGAGAAGGGCGAGUGGGUCUUCCAGAGCAUCGGCGGCACCAACAAGCUCGGCUCCAUGCACAUGCGGCCCGUCACCACGCCCUACCCAACCAAGGAGUGGUUGCAGCCCAAGCGAUACAAGGCUCACAUCAUGGGUACUCAGUACGUGUACGAUUUCCCCGAGCUUUUCCGCCAGGCUUUCCAGAACAGCUGGACCAAAAUCACCCAGAACAUCCCGUCGCUUGCCGACAAGCGGCCUGCGGUUGGCGAGUGCAUUGACUACAAUGAGCUCGUCCUGGAUGACACGGAUAAUCUGGUUGAGGUGUCCCGUGAGCCCGGUACCAACACCCACGGUAUGGUUGGAUGGCUCGUCACGGCCCGGACUCCCGAGUACCCCCGUGGCCGGCGGUUCAUCAUCGUUGCCAACGAUAUCACCUUCCAGACUGGUACCUUCGGUCCCCAGGAAGACAAAUUCUUCCACAAGUGCACGGAACUGGCUCGAAAGCUUGGCAUCCCGCGCAUCUAUUUGUCUGCCAACUCCGGUGCUCGCAUUGGCCUUGCCGACGAACUGAUCCCCUAUUUCUCCGUUGCUUGGAACGACCCCGCGAAGCCAGAGGCUGGAUUCAAGUACCUGUAUCUCACCCCCGAGGUCAAGAAGCGCUUCGAUGCCAGCAAGAAGAAGGAGGUCAUCACCGAGCUCAUCAAUGAAAAUGGCGAGGAGCGCCACAAGAUCACUACUAUCGUUGGUGCUCGCGAAGGCCUAGGUGUUGAGUGUCUGAAGGGAUCUGGUCUGAUUGCCGGCGCCACCUCCAAGGCUUACGAGGACAUUUUCACCAUUACUCUGGUGACUUGCCGCUCCGUCGGUAUUGGUGCGUACCUCGUCCGUCUGGGCCAGAGAGCCAUUCAGGUCGAAGGCCAGCCGAUCAUUUUGACCGGUGCCCCGGCUAUCAACAAGCUUUUGGGUCGCGAGGUGUACACCUCCAACCUGCAGCUCGGUGGCACGCAGAUCAUGUACAAGAACGGUGUGUCGCAUAUGACCGCCAACGAUGACUUCGAGGGUGUGCAGAAGAUUGUCGAGUGGAUGUCCUUCGUCCCGGACAAGAAGAACUCUCCGAUCCCCAUCCGCCCCUGGGCCGAUGACUGGGACCGCGAUGUGGCCUACUACCCCCCUGCCAAGCAGGCCUACGAUGUGCGCUGGCUCAUUAACGGCAAGGAAGAUGUCGAUGGAUUCCUUCCGGGUCUGUUCGACCGAAACUCCUUCGAGGAGGCUCUCGGCGGCUGGGCCCGGACUGUGGUUGUUGGUCGCGCCCGCCUCGGCGGUAUCCCCAUCGGUGUGAUUGCUGUCGAGACCCGCUCAGUGGAGAACGUCACUCCGGCCGACCCUGCCAACCCCGAUUCCAUGGAGAUGAUCACCACCGAGGCCGGUGGCGUCUGGUACCCCAACUCGGCGUACAAGACCGCUCAGGCUCUGCGCGACUUCAACAACGGAGAGCAGCUUCCUGUUAUGGUCCUCGCCAACUGGAGAGGUUUCUCUGGUGGACAGCGCGACAUGUACAACGAGGUGCUCAAGUACGGUUCCUAUAUUGUCGACGCGCUGGUCAAAUACGAACAGCCCAUCUUCGUUUACAUCCCUCCGUUCGGCGAGCUCCGUGGUGGAUCAUGGGUCGUUAUCGAUCCCUCCAUCAACCCAGACCAGAUGGAAAUGUACGCCGACGAAGACGCCCGCGGUGGUGUCCUCGAGCCCGAGGGUAUCGUGGGUCUCAAGUACCGUCGCGACAAGCAGCUCGACACGAUGGCCCGUCUGGACGCUACCUACGGCGAGUUGCGCCGGUCCCUGGAGGACUCAUCUCUCAGCAAGGAGCAGCUGUCAGCCAUCAAGACCAAGAUGGCCCAACGCGAAGAGCAGCUUCUACCGGUGUAUCUCCAGAUUGCACUCCAGUUCGCCGACCUGCACGACCGCGCCGGCCGCAUGCAGGCCAAGAACACGAUCCGCAAGCCCCUCCGCUGGCAAAACGCCCGCCGCUUCUUCUACUGGCGUCUCCGCCGCCGCCUGAGCGAGGAGCUCAUCGUCAAGCGCAUGGUGGGAGCAUCGUCCUCGCCCGUCGCUACCCGCAACGGUGCUUCCGGCGCUAUUCCCUCUUCCGGUAGCAGCGCCCAACCCGGACCCCAGGACUCGUCCUCCGCUCGCGCCACCCAUCUGCGCACCUUGCACGCCUGGACUGGUCUGCUCGAUAAGGAGCUCGAGCAUGACGACCAAAAGGUCGCUCUGUGGUACGAGGAAAACAAGAAGCUCGUCCAGACGAAGGUUGAGGCUCUGCGCAACGAGGGCGUCGCCUCUGAUGUGGCGCAGCUGUUGAUCGGGAACAAGGAGGGCGGUCUACGUGGUGUGCAGCAGGUGCUGAGCAUGUUGCCUGUUGAGGAGCGCGAGGCUGUUCUGAAGUACCUCGGCUCUGGGUAG